UCGCCAGCUGGCUUUCCGCCAGCAACGUUAACGCCUUGCCCCACACCUCCCUCUUCCGUCUUCUCACGAUUGUCUCAGCCUAAGACGGUUGCCAAGCAGUUGGAAGAGGCAGCCGUUGCAGCUUUACCUCCUAACCCGACCAUUGAAGAUCUGCCCAAGAUUACCUGGAAGAACCGUCACUUCGUCCAAGAGGAUUCGCUGGCUCGAAAAGGUGCAAAGGGCAGGAAGAGCUGGAUUAGGUCGCACGGGACCUUCCUUGUCGAACUGAACUAUCAGGAUCAACCGAUAGGUCAUGUCUGGUGCUGCAAUCGAUGUGACAUGAAAGGCGCAGCGGAGUUCUUCUCGGUGCAAGCCACGUCUUCCGCAGCAGAUCAUCUCCGAAAGCAUAUAUCUGUCCCGUUCAAUAUUGUUCACAAGAUACCCAGCAGCUGACCGACCUGCAUAGAGCUCACCGGAUCACCCCAGCCAGCCAGUCUAGUGAGCCAAGUCCUGGUGAUAAAAGUGCCAUUGAUAUUUAUUCUGGUGCAAUACCCAAAAGGCGCCGGCUUGAACAGAGCGUCAUAGCAAAAGCGAAAAUAAAAGCCAUACAAGAACUAAGCGUUGGGUUCGUCAUUGAUGGCGAUGUGCCAUUCACCAUCUUCUAGCACAGCUUCCUUCGGAAGAUC